AUGAAUGACAAGCUCGUGGAAACUGUCCAUGCGGUCGGAGCUAAGUUCUGCAAGACCGGCCGCAGAAGAACACAAAAGCUCUCCGGUCACACUCUUAAUCUCAUGGCAGUUAGACUGCAGAUGAAUUUGCAAUCGUCAACAGAUUUGACAGCAUACAGGCAACUGAACAGACAGAUCUCCAAAUGCAUGCGGCGAGACUUAUGCAUAUUUAAUACUGCUCGUAUUGAAGAAGCGGUUGAGCGGAACCAGGGAUCCAAAGUCUUUGCCAGAGAUCUGUCUGCCAGAAAGAGCCAACUAUCAAAGCUUAAGACUGAGUGUGGCAGCAUCGUUUCCGGGACACCUGAGAUUCUGAGUGAGAGUGAGAGGUUCUAUGGGCAGCUGUACACAUCAUCGUUGGAGCCACACGCAAGUGUGAGUAACGAUCCAAGAGCGUGUAUCAUCCGACACUAUUCCGAUGAUAUCCCGGACGUCAGUCUGAGCGAGAUUAGAAUGGCUCUCCAGCACCUUAGAAACGGCAAGUCCCCGGGCGAGGAUGGAAUUACAGCGGAGCUUCUGAAAGCGGGUGGAAAACCGAAGUCCGAAGAGUACAGUCUGCCACUUUACAUGGCGAAAGUGGACUAUGAGAAAGCCUUUGAUUCCGACAAAAUUUGGGCGGUGCUACAGUCUCUUCAGCGGUUCCAAUUUGACUGCCGGUAUAUCGAAGUGCUGAAGUGUUUGUACAGUAGGGCUACGAUAGCUAUCCGAGUACAGAACCAGAGUACGAAACCUAUCCAACUGCAGAGAGGUGUAAGACAGGGUGACGUUAUUUCCCCGAAACUCUUCACCGCUGCAUUGGAAGACUUUUUCAAGCUACUGGACUGGAAAGGAUACGGUAUUAACAUCAAUGGCGAGUACAUCACUCACCUUCGAUUUGCCGACGAUAUAGUCCUUAUGGCGGAAACGCUGGAGGACUUAAGCACUAUGCUCAAUGACCUCAAUUGUGCCUCCCAACGGAUAGGUCUAAAGAUGAACAUGGACAAAACAAAGAUCAUGUUUAAUUUCCAUCUCACACCUAUGCCUGUAGUUGUUGGGAGCACUAAGCUUGAAGUUGUUGACGAGUACGUUUACCUGGGACAAAUAGUCCGGCUUGGUAAGUCCAACUUCGACCGAGAGAUCAAUCGACGGAUUCAACUCAGCUGGGCAGCGUUCGGGAAAUUACGACACAUCUUCUCGUCAGGUAUACAUCAAAACCUGAAAACUAAGUUGUACAUCCAGGCAAACGACAAAAUGCGUGUUGCCAGUGAUGGUAUAUUGUAA